AUGAGGAAUAGAGUUCUCCUACUGCUGGGAGAAGUCCCAACCCAUGCGGAGGUAGUUGUCCGGCAUCUUGUGCACCGCUGUGCGCUUCCGCUUGUUGCUCGUUCACCCCCCCCUCCCCCUCCCCCACCGCCACCAUAUUACCCGGCACCCCCACCACCACCGGGACCGCCAGGCCCAGAUGGACCCAUGGGCAUGCCAGGGCCUCAAGGACCAGAUGGACCUAAGGGGCCCCCUGGACUACCUGGGCCACCAGGCCCUCCUGGACUACCGGGACUUCCUGGCGCACCAGCUGGUAUCCCUGGACACGAUGGACCUAUGGGACCUCCUGGACCCCCAGGACAUAUGGGCCCCCCUGGUGAUAUGGGCCCACCCGGAGCACCUGGCCUUCCAGGGCCCCCCGGCCCACCAGCACCUGCUACGCCCUACGCCGCCCCCUGCCCUCAAUACUGUUACAGGAGCUGUAUACCUUCAUGCCCUCGUGGCUGCUGCAGUCGCGGCAAAUAG